AAAGGUGAAAUGCUGUCAACCGAAUAAAAGCAAUAGUGAGUGCAACAGGCAGCUCAGGGGCAUGCAUGGUUUGGUUGCUUGGAUGGACAAGCUGGCUUUCCACUUCCUCCCAGUGUGGGUCCCGCCCUCUUAGUGUAUCUUCCUGCGAAUGUGAAAAAGAAGAAGAAGAUAAAGAACAUAUUGGUCUUACUAAAAGCUGUCUUUGGUGUCUGUUACUCCCUUCUUUUUAACAUCUCACGGGACUGCGUCUUCCUAACUUCUCUCUUUUCUGGCGACUAGCUUUGCUUUUCCCGUUGCUGCCUUGCCUUCCGUGCCUCUGCCAGGGCUAAACACUUCCUAGAGAAGGUCAGACGACUGGGCGGCUUCAGCACCCACACUCGAGGGAGCGGAGCAGGAAACGCCGCUCCCCCUGGACGCAAGCAGCUCCCGGACGCCCGCAGCCCGCACGCCUUCCCCGGCAGCGCUCCCGGCCAGUACCCGGACCCUCUCCCUCCCCACUCCCCGCCAGCGCUGUAGGGCUCGCAGUGCCCCGGGGCAUCUCGUGGGCGCCUGCCCAAGGACACACUGAGCCCAGCUCCGGCGGCGCGGAGGAGGAGUCAGCAGCUCCCUAGGCUCACGGUGGGCGCGGGUCGGCGGAGCCUGGAGCACCGGCCGGAUGCUGCAGCCGAGCUGCCUGUCCAGCAGCUGCGGGAGACCGGGGUCGAGCCAGCUCUCGGGAGCGCCGAGGGCCGGAAGGGGGUUCUGGAUUUCGAUCCCUCCCCUUUUCUCUCUGGGUCCAGGAGGGCUCCCACUGUCAGACCCUCAUCCUGCCAGGUACAAGCCGGGAGAGGACACAUCUUUGCUCCCUACACCCCACCAUGGACAAUACCUCCAAUGACUCCCACUUCGAGGACUGCGGUACUCGAAAGUGGCUCCCUUCGGGCGAAAGCCCAGCCAUCAGCUCCGUGAUGUUCUCGGCCGGGGUACUGGGGAACCUCAUAGCGCUGGCGCUGCUGGCGCGCCGCUGGCUGGGGGAUGCGGGGCGCGGCGCCUGCCGCGGAAACUCCAUCUCCUUGUUCCACGUGCUGGUGACCGAGCUGGUGUUCACCGACCUGCUCGGGACCUGCCUCAUCAGCCCCGUGGUGCUGGCUUCGUACGCGCGGAACCAGACCCUGGUGGCACUGGCACCAGAGAGCCGUGUGUGCACCUACUUCGCCUUUGCCAUGACCUUCUUCAGCUUGGCCACGAUGCUCAUGCUCUUCGCCAUGGCCCUGGAGCGCUACCUAGCCAUCGGGCACCCCUACUUCUACCAGCGCCACGUUCAGCGCCGCAGCGGCCUGGCAGUGCUGCCCGCCAUCUACGCCGUCUCCCUGCUCUUUUGCUCUGUGCCGCUGUUGAACUCCGAGCAGUACGUCCAGUAUUGCCCUGGGACGUGGUGCUUCCUCAAGCACGGGCGCACCGCGUACCUGCAGCUUUACGCCACUCUGCUGCUGCUCCUCAUCGUGGCGGUGCUCGCUUGCAACUUCAGUGUCAUCGCCAACCUCAUCCGUAUGUACCGCAAGAGCAGGAGAAGCCGCUGCGGACCCUCCGUGGGCAGCGGGCGGGGAGGCGCUGCGACCCGCAAGAGAGGGGAAAGGGUGUCCAUGGCGGAGGAGACCGACCACCUUAUUCUCCUUGCUAUUAUGACCAUCACCUUCGCCGUCUGUUCCUUGCCUUUCACAAUUUUUGCAUAUAUGAAUGAAAAGUCUUCCCGAAAAGAAAAGUGGGACCUCCAAGCGCUUAGAUUUUUAUCAAUUAAUUCAAUAAUUGACCCUUGGGUCUUUGCCAUCCUGAGGCCCUCUGUUUUGAGACUAAUGCGUUCAGUCCUCUGUUGUCGGAUUUCGUUAAGAGCACAAGAUGCAACAGAAACUUCCUGUUCUACACGGUCAAAUGCCAGUAAAUAGACUGACCUUUGUGGACAAUAGCUAAGAAGUGCUUAGUUAGCUAGCAUCUGGAAGAUCGUUUUGAAAGGCUUCCUUGGAGAAAUGAAAAAAGUUAGUUUAUAAACAAACUGAAGCUACCCUAAUAAAACAGAGUAAGUAAACCAACAUUUUAGCAGUGGUUUAGGCUACAGAUCUGCUGACAAGGCACUUCCUGGAAGGUGUCAGAAGGAGCUAUAAGAGCUACCCCUCGAACAUGCUGCGUGGCCUGUAGAGGAACAACCAACGGCAUUAAAGAUCUAGUUGCCUUUUGAUUUAAGCUUUCCUGCUGAAUGAGAAAGCAUGUGGUUUUGUAAUUUGUUUAAAACCUGAAAUAGUUACUGUGUGUUUUCUAUUUUAAUCUUUUGUGUUCCUGAUGUUAUAAACACACGGUGUACAGUCAGACCAGAUAAAACUUCAUGUGUAUUCUCUAGGAAGUCAAAAUGUUGAAGCAACCAAGCCUCGUGUUCCGUGAUUGCUUAACAGACCCUUUCUUUGGACAGUAGGUUUGAAAAUCGCAGGCACUUUGCACUGUAAUGUUUGUGUAUGUGGGAGUACUCUCUCAUGGCUACAGUAUUACUCAUAGAAGGGUAGGCUCAGCUUUUUCACUAGUCCUCUGGAAGCUGUGUCUCAAAGUGUCAGAUUAUUUAUUUUAUAAUGCUUAUUAUGCUAUUACUAAUCAAGAAAACUUUUAGGAAUUUUCCUCUCAACAAGAAAUAAUAGGCUAUUAAGAGAGUUAAUUCUGAUUAGUACUCUUCAUUCUGUUUCCAAUGGAGGGUAUAUAUGGCUGUCUGAAGCCAGGUAUUAGAGUUAAAAACUGAAAAACCUAGUUAAUUCUUCAGAUACACUGGAACCACUUUAAUGCUGAUGUUGAGGCCAUAACUAACAUCUACUUUAUAAGAGGAUUGUGUUGUAGCAAAACUCAUCUGCCUAUAUUUUUAUCCAGGAAACACGGGUUGACUAAUACUAUAUAGGAAAUCAUGUAACAAUGAGUCAUAUCUUUAUAUAUUUCUAAAUCGAAAUACUUGACAUGGUGUAAACUCAGCAUCAAAAUAUUUCAGUGACUUUGCACUGUGUAAUCUUAGUUACUGUGUAAACUCAUCUGAAAUGUCAUAAAAAUAAACUAUGAAACAAAAAUUUGAAAAUGGAAUAGUACCUAAUGAAUCCCCCAAAUGACAUCUUAUAGUUAGUGUAGAUAUAAUGUUUUUUCAAUAAUAUAUCAUUAGAAAAAAAUAACUUGGCAGGUUUUUAAAAUAUGGUUGCAUAGAAAAUUAGAGUGUAAAAUACUUGGUACUACAGGAUUCUUUUCUUCCCAAUGUUAUCUUUAAAACAGUAGAACCACCUUAUUUUUUUUAAUAACUAUUAUUACAGGAUAGCCAUUAUAUAAAAAAAGGAAUGUUUGUUUUUUCCAGUCUCAUUGAGUUGCUUACGUAAAACCAUUUCUUAUAAGUAGUUAUCAAACUAGAUGAUCACUAAGAGUUUUUCCAAACCAUUCUAGGCAUCAGUGUGUUUUGACACAAUCUAUGUCCAAUCAGCUCUUAUUUUAAAAAGAAUAAAUAAAUGAUUUGCUUUUCUACCAAUUUAAACAAACCAGGCAAAAUUUAACUUAACUAAGAUCUGGACAUGUAAGUAAAUCUUCUCUGUCUAAAGUUAAGAAAUUGUUCUAAAUGGAACUAAUUAAGCUUGUGGGUGAUUUGUAUACAAACAUUCUGAGGUUACUUUGAAUGUGGAUGACUUUUUUCCUCCAAAUGAAACUGUUAUUUACAAUCCUUCACCCCACCUCACCACCCUCCAAAAAUCUGGAAUAAUAUCUGAGAACUUAAAAUAGCAAACUUGGACAUAAUAUCACUAGUGAGAACAAAAUAUAACAGUUUAAUCCAUUUAUUAAGGAACUGGUAGCUCUCUAGAGCUUUGUUUCUUAGUUUACUCCUGUUUCUUGCACUGUGUUAAAUGACUAUUUUGUUUGCACUGAUAUAUAUGUAGAAGGAAUUGAAAAUAAAAAUCCUAUGUAAGAGUCAAUCACCUACUAUGAAUGGUGAUUUGAAGGUAACAGAAAAAAUUACUAGGAUUGGAUAAUGUGACUAUUUUCUUUAAUCCCAUCUCAUCACAUACUUGUUUAAGUUCACUGGGAAUUUUCAGUUAAAGAAGAAAACACAGAACUUUGCCUGCUAUAUUGUGAUGAAAGAAGCCCUAGAUUUUAUUCUUUGCCCCUGACAGUCAGUGGAAUGAAAACGGAUAAAGAAACUAUCACAGAUAUUCACCUCGAAAUGCCAGCCCUAACUUUAGGUGUCCAGAAAUGGGCAUAAGCAGUCUGUUCUGAGCCGUAUUCCUGGAUGGUUCACUGUGGCCCCAGAUCAUCUUUCCGAGAAAGAACUGGGAAAUUCUGGUACUAAAUUAUGGCCUCAACUCUGCAAAGAUUCUAUAGGGACCUGAGUUUGCUUAGAAGCUAUAGAAAGCCUCUCCAGAAGACACGAAUCUCAAAGUGGUUUGAACCCACAACAACCAGGAGCCGACCAAAACUCUAGAAACAGCACCAAUGCCAAAUCACUGAGCUGGCAGAGGCCACAAGCCCUGAGGAGUGGGGAAGGGAAUUCCACCCACAUCACCACAUUCUCAGUGUAAUUCAGUUGAACUUUUGGUGCCCCUGCCUGCUCCUGUUAGUGCACGUUGAAAGAAGGAUUGUCCUAAUGCUAAUAUAAUAUCAUUUCAGAUUUGAAUCAAGAAAAAAACAAUACAUACCGGUUUAGAAUUUGAUGACUUAGUCAGGCUAAGACAAUUGGUUCAAACUUAAGCAGAAGAUUAUUUAUUUCACUUAGCCAAAUAGUUUAAGCCAAUCUAAUGGUUUUCUGAAUUUGAGAAGAAUCCCUACUUGAGCUGUUCACGGAUAGAGAAGCAAUCUCAUCUACAAAUGACUGAUCUGUAUAUGUGGACUUACAAUGCCUGCUAUAUACAGGUGGUGUUACAGCUUGAAUAUUUGAUAACUUUAUUCUGCCUUCAUCGAACACUUAACUCCACUGGAUUUCCUUUCUGAGUGCACAUUUAUAACAUACCUCCAAUCACUAACAGCGUUAUAAUUGAUUUUUU